AUGUUCAAUUCAUUACAGCAUUGGCUAUGGUUGGUCUGUUUAUUUUUAUCUAUUUUGAUUUUGAUGUGGCAUAAUCAGACGUGGGCUUAUGUUAAUUCCAAAGUCACGUUGGAAUUAGCAGGGUUUAUCAUACUGUGUUGGAUUCUAUUGGGGUUAAAAUUAAUGGGGUUUGAGUUUAUUAUGAGUAUCAGAUCUUUGAUAGUGAAAUUAAUGAGGUUCGGGAACGCUUGUCUGAGGAAAUGCGAGGAUGCUAGACUAAAGUUGAUAAUUUGGCUUAAUGAUUCCAUUUUAGAGUCAUCAACUUACAAGGAUAGUCCAAUGUUGUAUAAGAAAAAAGAAAAAGACUGGCUGAGUUUUAAUUCGAUUGAGGAGAUAGUUUUUGAAGAUAAUCUGGACCUUUCGUUGAAGCUUUUAGAAAGGUUGCUUAGUAAAGUUACCGUCCUCCACAAAGUUGCACAAUAUACUUCUGCAAGACAACCCAACAAGAAAUAA